UUAGCUCGCCACAACCGCAUACAUACUGGGGAAAAGAAUUUCGCUUGUUUGUACCCCGGUUGCCCUUCACGCUUCUCUCGCCAAGAUAACAUGAUGCAACAUUACCGAACACACAUGUCUGCGAGGUCUCGUAGCAGGGUACACAGCCAAAACGGGUCCUUGCAUUCUACCGCGGCUUCC